AUGGCGGCUGACCAGGUACACAGUCAACUUCAAGAUCUACUCGAGAAGCUCGUCACAUGCAUACGUAACCGAGAUUAUGUCUCUUUAAACAAAUUGAUGGCGAAGGCAUCUCUAGACUUCAGUGUUUCGACUAGCAUUAAUUGUGAUCCCAAGAGUUUUUUAACUGAAAUGAGGUCUUUGCUCUAUCUUACCGACGACGAGACACUUGAUUACGACUUAACAGUCGAAAUGCUAGAUCGCGUCAUAUCAAUUUCUCCCUUUGAAGAAGUGCUAGAGGUGUUUACAGUGGAUAAUCUCAGGGCUGCCUUGCUUUGCCAAAUAAGACCAUUACAAAUUUCUGCUUGCAAAGUUUUGGAGCGAUCUUAUCCGAAAGGAUUAUUUGCGUGCUCAGAUUUAUUCGACAUUUUACUGAAGCUGUUGUUCGAACCCAUGACGGAUGUUGUUCUUGUGAACGAAAUCGAAGUUGUUUUUGAGAGACUAAAGACUGAUGCGUUAGUGAGGAGACGCGUUUUGGAAGAUAACCUGUUGACUUUGGAAAACGUGAAAGAAUGCUCCGAUCCUGUUCUUCUUGCUCGGCUGUAUAAGAUACUUGGCGUAUUUUUUGAAUGCAUUACGCGCACAGAGUUCAAACCAGAGCUAUUCAUAACAUCUAAGGAAGAUAUCAUGCGCUUCAUAGAUGUUGAUAUUCUUCUAUUUAUCAAUGUGACGUCUUAUUAUUGCGAUUUGUUGGAAUGUAUUAAAAUGAAGCCCACAAACCCCUCGCCACUUGUGUGGGCUUUAAGUUACAUUGUACCGGCUCUCGAAGUUUAUGGCUACAUCUACAAAAACUUGAAUCAAAUGAUCGAUGUGAAACAUUUUGGUAGAGCUUAUAUUUUUCGACUGCUUAGAGCUAUUUCCAAUCUCGAUGAUUUGAGCUUUUUUGAAUCUUUUGACAAAAACUAUAUCAAUCUUUCGAGUACAAAUCCUGAUAUAUCAAAUUUCUUGGCCUUCAUUAAUCCAAGGUACUUAUUGGAGUUUCACAAAGAACUGUUGGCCGAUCUUUUUUCUGUUAAACCAUCGUCUUUGAAUAUUGCAAGAAACAUUUUGACAAACGAGUCAUGUUUUCAUUUCCUCAAAGACAAAUUCACGUCAGCGGCUAUUUUGGAUAUGCCUUACCUUGAGCAAAUGGUUCUUCUAGAAAAAAUGACACUUUACAAGUACUCUGCUAUAUUUUUACUUCACAAUUUACCUCAAGUGAUGACAAAUUUAAUAGAAGCCGAUGGAAGAAAUGUCACUGAAAGAGAAACAGCAAAUCUAAGACGUGAAGCAAUCGAAAACCUGCUUCACUUGAAUGCAGAAGCGUUGAAUGUAUGGAAGAUUCCUUUGGAGGAAGCGUAUGGAAGAAUUAUCGGUAGAUCAACAAGAGUUACAGGUGCGGAAAUUGCGAGUACAUUCAUCUAA